CAAAAUGAAUCUAUAGAGUCCCUUGAGCUUUAGAACGACUUUCGAACAGAAUGCAGUGACUGGAUUUUUUAACCUAGCGCCGUUACGCUGUUUCCGGUUCCUAGCUGGUGUUUCCCCAUUGCAAACUGUAUUGGAAAAGCAGCAGAUCCCGAUGGCAUGGACACUUACGCAAGGUCUGCCGCUUUGCCGUGCUACUGGAGCCUAUUUACAGUCUCCUACUUUAAGUCAGCUCCAUCAUCAUCACCAAACAGCCCCGAGAGCACUGCAGCAACGCGACCAGCAAUCCCGGAGCCAAACCAGGAGGCAUGAGGCUUGAUUCAGUACAUUUCUCCAUGCUGGUCAUCGGGGUCUCUUUCGCCUGCUACUCCCCGAGUUUAAAUUCCCUGCAGGACCAGGCUUACAAAUCAACGGUUGUUAUUGAAGGCAAGGUGCAUUCGGUACCUGCGAAUGUCUCCACGGAGCCGUACAGUGUGAAUGUCAAAGUCUUGGACGUGUGGCCGUUGAACAGCGGGGGGUUGGAGCGAGAGCAGCUCGUCACCGUCGGGGAAUUCGGCUCGGAGGCUCCGUGCACCAAAGUGAUAAAGAACCACAGAUAUAUAUUUUUCAUGGACCCAACCGACGAACCCUUGGUAUUCAAGGCAUCGUUUGCUCCCCUAGACACCAGUGGGAACAAUCUAAAAAAAGAUGUAGGGAGGAUCUUGUGCGAAGACUGCGCCACUGCCCCAAAGUUAAAACGGCUGAAGAACCAGUCGGUGACAGAGGGGACCAAGCUCACCCUGAGAUGUGAGGCCACAGGGAACCCCAGCCCCACCUACAGGUGGUUCAAAGAUGGCAGCGAGCUCAAGAAGAACAAAGAGAUCAAAAUAAAGUCCAGCAAGAAAAACUCCAGGGUCCAGAUCAACAGAGCCAAGCUGGAGGAUUCUGGGAAUUACACGUGUGUGGCUGAGAACAUGCUGGGGAAGGAGAAUGCCACGAGCACCGUCAGCGUCCAAAGCAUUACCACCACACUGUCUCCGGGGUCAGGUCACGCCAGAAGAUGCAACGAGACCGAGAAAGCUUACUGUGUGAAUGGCGGUGACUGUUACUUCAUACACGGUAUAAAUCAACUGUCUUGCAAGUGUCCAAAUAACUUUACUGGUGAUCGCUGUCAAACCGACGUUAUGGCCGGUUUCUACGAGCGUCUUGGAAUUGAAUUUAUGGAGGCCGAGGAGCUCUACAAGAAGAGAGUGCUGACAAUCACUGGCAUCUGUGUGGCUCUGCUGGUGGUGGGCAUUGUGUGCGUGGUUGCCUACUGCAAGACCAAGAAACAGAGGAAGAAAAUGCAUAACCACCUCCGCCAGAACAUGUGCGCCGACAACCCCAACCGCAACCUGGCCAACGGACCCAACCAUCCAGGGCCGGGCCCGGAGGAGAUCCCCAUGGUAGAUUAUAUCUCGAAGAACGUCCCAGCCACUGAGCGAGUGAUACGGCAUGGGGCAGAGACCUCCUUCACCGGUAGCCGAGCGUCUUCCAGAUCCCACCACUCAUCAACGGCAACCCAUUCUUCCAGUCACAGACACGAGGACCGCACGUGGAGCUUGGACAGGACGGAGAGUGUGAUUUCAGACUCCCACUCGGGCAUGAUGUCGUCCUCGGUGGGGACCAGUAAAUGCAACAGUCCUGCGUGCAUGGAGGCGCGAGCCAGGCGUGCGGCACACUGUGGCAUUACUGAGCCCCACCACCCCACCAUGCAGUACAGGGACUCCUUCGACUCGCUGGGGGACUCUCCGCACAGCGACAGGUAUGUGUCGGCGCUGACGACCCCCGCCCGCCUCUCUCCCGUGGACUUCCAUUACUCACUACCCCCGCAGGUGCCUACCUUCCAGAUCACGUCUCCCAACGCCAGCCACGCCAUGUCCCUGCCGCCCGCGGCCCACAUGCCCUUCUACCUGGAGGACGACCAGCCGCUGCUCCGCCGCUACCAGGUGCCGCUGCAGGACAUACAGCGGCAGGAGCCGUACCGCCAGCAGCAGCCGCUGCAGCACCGCACCUACCUGAACGACAGCACCGGCAGCCUCCCGUCCAGCCCCUACCGGCUGGCCGACGACGAGGAGUACGAGACCACGCAGGAGUACCUCUCCUCGCUGGAGCAACCAAAGAGAAGCGCGUCCGGCGGCGGGCGGCGCUGGCGGCGGUCCCGGCUCAACGGGCACGUGUCGCCGCGGGGCCAGGCGGCGCGGGACUACAGCUCCCAGAGCUGCCUGUCGGACAGCGAUUCGGAGGGGGAGGAGCAUGGGGAGAGCACGCCCUUUCUCAGUAUGCAGAACAUGAACGCGGAGCCUGCCACCAUCUACAGGCCGGUGGACAGUCGGACUUACCAGCCGUCAUCGGGCCGGCACGGGGCGCGCGGGAACACACAGACCAGACUGGCCCACUCGCGCUCCAAACCAGACAAUGCACCCCUUUAAAAAAAACAACAAAAAACAACAAAACAAAAAAAAACCAACCUCCCGACAAACAAUAUGCUAUAGACCUGCACCUAUAAGAAAUAUUUUUAUUUUAUAUAACAGACAGAUAUUCUAAACAAAUGAAAUAUUUAUUUUCAUUUUAGCAAAAGUUGUCUACUAGCUAACAGCAAAGACUUUUUUAUAGGGAAUACUAUUUAUAUGUAAACUUUGAUUUACAGCAUUAAAAAGAAAGAUGUGCCAAUUUUUUCACAACUUAAAAAAAAUGAGAAUAAUAUUGUGGUGCCUUUUGCUGUAUGCCGAUGCCAGAGGUCCAGUUGAGUUUUUUGUAGCCUUUCUUAUAUGGACUCCUCAUUUUUAUACACGUUUCUUCUUCCUUUUAUUUUUUUUUUGUUGUUUGGGAUCUCCCCCAUUUGAACUGUGAUAUUACCCUCUCUUCAUGCAAUAUAAACCACUUCUGCAUAAGGUGUAUGUUUACAUAAAUAUGAUUCUCAGACAUGUUUAAUGUUUUCUUUCUCUACAGGACACUGACAGAUGCAAACGUGGGUCUGUCUCCUCCCUAUGGAGAGAGCUCUUUAUGCUGAGUCACGCCAACAAACCCAUGCAUUCUCUUUUUCAUGUGCUACCUGUUCUUGCAAGUGGUCCCUGUAAUUUUCAGAGGAGUGCAGGUGUGCAGUCAGCCUGGCACGUCUUGAAGGUACCCACACACAAACGAGUUCAGGGCGUUCGAACCAGAGGCUUCUGAGGACGGGGUGUGUGUGUGCGUGUGCGUGUGUGUGUGUGCUCGUGUGUGUGCAUCCACACGUGUGUGUGUGUGUAUCAUAGUAGCUGUCAAGACUGGGUUUGUCACAAAUGAGCUUUCCUGUGAGCGCUGGGGGGAAAGUAUGAAGACUAGGUGUAUAAGUGGUAAGAAAAAAAAAGCUCUGUUGCACUGUAACCCUGUUUCAGGAAUAGUCAGGGGCCAGGGAGCUACCAGAGGGGACAUAUAAUCCUGCCUGGGUCUGAUUCUGGCCCGAGUGGACCACCUCCCCAAACCCACCCCCCCCAACCCAACCUCACCCUCCCCAUCCCCCACCCCCUGUUCCUGCAGCUCCAGCUAAGGGCCGCAUGGUGUCUCAGGACUUUCACAUAAUCGUUGGAUCGAACCAGGAAUGGCACGAUUCCAGAGCACACUCUGCAUCCCCCACCCUGACGCAUACCUCUCCACACACUCACUCUUAGUUUCAUCCCGCGUCGCCAGAGAGAACGCCAGAGAGAAAGCCAGAGAGACACGGAGGGCGAGACUGACACUAGCUGUGAAAUACUAGAGAGGUUAAACAAACAAACAAAAAAUGCCAAAAUAUGCAAAACAUUGUGUGGUGUAGGAACUGUCCGAUGACGUUGUUUUGUGUGAAGUGUGACGACCGUGAUGGUUCAACAUGUGAGGUCCCCUCACUGAUGAUUUGCAUUGUGUUUUGAAUGCUAGCCCUUUUCUUUUCAGACAAAUCAUCCCAUGAACAGUCCAAUAAACAUUUAUUAUUAUUAUUAUUAUUAUUAUUAUUAUUAUUAUU